GGCUAGUAUGAAGACGCAAACAAGUAUUCGGUUUCUGAGUAUUUAUUUUUAGACGCUGCACCAGAGCAACUACCUUCAGGAAAAUCCAGAAAAACUGAGAGGACUGAAAGGAGACUGAAAACUUGGCAAGUUCAACUAAACGUGACAGCUUUCCGAAGAGAAGAAAACGUCCUUGGUGUUGUGAAAGCAGGUGUGCUCUGAGCCCCUGUCUCUCUCUCUCUCGCUCUCGUUUUGUCUCUGUCCUUUUCUAAGAGCUCUACAUGGCACUCCUCAGCCGCAACCUGACUCUGUCCCUCCAGCGGAACCUGCGCCUUGUGGCUCCAGGCUGCAGAUAUGUCAGUCAGACAGCCACGAAGACCGUUUCCGAGUUUGAAUACGAUGCUCCGUCCAUGAAGACUCCUGUCCCAGGGCCCAGGUCAAAGGAGCUGACAAGACAGCUGGGGGAAAUUCAGAAUGUGGGAGCAAUUAAUUUCUUCUGUAACUACGAGGAGAGCCGGGGAAACUACCUGGUGGAUGCUGACGGCAACCGAAUGCUGGAUCUGUACACACAGAUCUCGUCUGUUCCUCUGGGUUAUAAUCAUCCAGCUUUGAUGAAAGUGCUCUCCAGUCCCAGCAAUCUGAGCGCGUUUGUUAACCGACCAGCCCUGGGAAUUCUGCCACCGGAGAACUUUCCUGAAAAGCUGACUGAAAGCCUGCUUUCGAUCGCUCCCAGUGGAAUGACCCGGGUGCAGAACAUGGCAUGUGGCUCCUGCUCCAACGAGAACGCCUUCAAGGCUAUGUUCAUCUGGUACAAAAACAAAGAGAGAGGCACCAACAAUCCUUCACCAGAGGAAACCAGCUCCUGUAUGAUUAACCAGAGUCCUGGAUGUCCAGAUCUGAGCAUCCUGUCUUUUAUGGGAGCGUUUCACGGGAGAACUCUGGGUUGCUUGGCCACGACUCAUUCCAAAAUCAUUCACAAGCUGGACAUCCCAUCGUUUGACUGGCCCAUCGCGCCCUUCCCCAGGCUCAAGUAUCCGCUGGAGGAGUUUGUUCAAGAGAACGCCCAAGAGGAGGCUCGCUGUCUGGAGGAGGUGGAGGAUCUGAUUGUGAAGUGGAGGCAGAAGGGCAAACCCGUGGCAGGUAUCGUCAUUGAGCCCAUCCAGGCGGAGGGAGGAGACAAUCACGCGUCACCUGACUUCUUCAUCAAACUGCGCAACAUCGCUCGCAAGCAUGGAUGCGCCUUCCACGUGGAUGAGGUUCAGACGGGGGGCGGAGCCACCGGAAAGUUCUGGGCUCACGAGCACUGGGGCACAGACGAUCCCGCCGAUAUCGUCUCCUUCAGCAAGAAGAUGCUCACAGGAGGCUACUACCACAAAGACGAGCUGCAGCCUGAUAAGGGUUACAGAAUCUUCAACACGUGGAUGGGAGACCCGUCCAAGAACCUGUUCCUCUCAGAGGUGCUGAACGUCAUCAGGAGAGAGAACCUUCUGGAGGAAGUGACUCGCUCUGGGAAGACUUUGCUGCAGGGACUGUAUGAACUGCAGUCUCAGUAUCCUCACCUCCUGAGUCGAGCCCGUGGUCAGGGCACCUUCUGUGCCAUCGAUACCCGUGAUGAUGUCACUCGGGACAAACUUCUGCUCAAACUCAGGGACAAGGGCGUCCUCCUAGGCGGCUGCGGUGAAAACUCCAUCCGCUUCCGUCCCGCUCUCGUCUUCAAAGACUACCACGCUCAUCAGUUCCUCAACAUCUUCAACGACGUGCUGUCCGGGUACAAAUAAAGAGUCGUGGAGAAUCCCAGCAGAACAAGCACAAGGGUCCAAAUCCCCAUGAACGGGUGGUUUCCUCCCCCUUACACGCUCUCACUCUCACUGUUUUUUCUCUUUUAACCUUCUUCUUCACUGUUUAAUUAUUUGUUUAAUUUCAGUCACUUUAAGAGCUCACUUUCUCCACACUUUCUCACUAUAACGAGCACAGCGGGGUCAGGAGUAUUGCACUGGAUCAGUAUCAGUACACUCUUAAGAUUUAAGUCUUUAAUCAGCCUGAGGUGUGGUUCUGGGUGUUGAUGCGUCAGUCUUUAGCAUUAAAGGAGUAAGUGACGUGUUGGGUAAGUAAAGGUUAUUUUAAAGGAGCAGUUUGUAUUUUUAGGGCUGGUUCAGUAAACUGAGCUCGCUGUUUCUUGCCCAGAAAAAUGUAAAUAAAUGAAAUGAUAUUAUUAGAAUUAUAAAAACACUAAAUUUAACACUAAAAUUACAAACUGCACCUUUAAGGUGAUGACUGGUUUCCUCAGUCAGACUGAAGCACAUGAAUAAGCAGUAAAUCCAGGACAAGCUCAAAUAUAAACCCUCUACAUCUACCUCCGAGCAAACAGAGGCUCUGUAAAGGGUAAGAAGCCCUCAUGGAAAAAUUCUGAGGUGGUUAAACUGAACGGCACAAAAAAUACAAACGGGUCACUGUGAUUAUUAGGUGUGUAUCAUGCCAGCUAUUCAAUGACUUUAUUAAAGGUCAGGCUUUCCCACAAUGCUGUACUUCAACACAAGAAGCUCUCUCUCUCUCCUCUCUUUCUCACACACACACAAGCAAAGCUGAACUAUCAGCCCAGGUGUGUGGUUUAACCUAACCCUGGUCCUUGAGUAUUUCGUAUUGAGUAAAAUGUCACCGGAUCAUUCGGGACGGCCAAAUGAUGAGUUUUCCAGACUAAUACAGGUCUUCAUACCUCACAUUCAGUACCAUAUCAAUAUUACACAUCCAUUUGGUUUUACUGUAGUGUAGUUGGCUAGAUAGCAGGCCUUUCCUGAGUCCAUGUAGCUGCUGAUGUUUCCAUCAUAAAUUAGGAAGGAGCUAAUGACUUGUAGGGAGAAUGUGAACGAGGCUGUUUUUGUUUUGUUUCGAAUACUAACAUUAACAAACGUCUUAAACUAGCUGCACACGCACAAAGCACAAGCCACAAAGCCAAGCCACAUAUAAACACACAGGGUUUUAUCCGAUCAGUGUCCGGCGUUCUGAGGUCCGGGAAAAAACUACUGAUCUGUACCAUCGCUCAUCUCUGGAGCGGUACCCCUUAACGUUUGGUAUUUCUUCCACCAUAGACAGUCAGUCAUGUGCCUUUUAUUAUUAAUUUCAUACAUAAUUAGCGUUAACAAGUUAACAAGUUUUCUAGGUGAAAGAUCCAUGUUGAAGGUACAGAUCCUGUAGAUCAGUGAUAGUCGUCCCCCCCCCCGAGUGUUUACAAGUUCUUCUCCAGCCUUGUUUGUUCACAUCCCUUUUAAUAAAAUAAGUUCAGGAGCUGAAAAUAAAAUGCAAAAGAUAAGUCGAGAGUGCAGAAACCACUACAGUGUGACUCCAGGAUCUCGAUCAUACACACCACACUGCUGCGAGAAGCUGAAAUCCAAACUCCAGUGAUCUCCUAAACCAAACCUGGUGUUUUAGUGUAUCAGGAAAAUCCAGCUGCCAUUCUUCCCAAAUCCAACCUGCUCAGUCUGACCUUCGUAGCCGUGAUAAGCGAAUAUAGAAACCGUGAUAGACACACUAACGACCGAACAUGACAGAUUUUCUUUCCCCGCUCCAGAUAUUUAUUUAUGAGGAAAUGUUAAAGAGCUUCUCAUCACUCCCACCCCACCCCACCCCUCCAUCAGUCAUUAAGAGUCCAUCAUGGAGACACUAACUUCUACAGUAAACUAGAUGAUGUGUAGAUUAUUUUUGAGAUAAAUGUCGGUAAUGCUGUACAGUGUCCCGUUUGUCCAUGUAAAGUAUCUAAAAGGUAGUUAACGUUCUUCUGUUGUUAAUAUAGUGGACAGAUGGAGUGUACAGAUGUAGAAAAUACUUACAGCUGCUCAGUUAUAUAUAGAGAAAGAAAAUCCCAAUAUAUGUGACGACUCUGUGCCCAUCUGUUUUAUUUUUUUGGCCAAGUCAGUAUUGUAUAGAAUUGUGAAUUAUGUUAAUCAAACUAACAACAAUUUCAGAAAUGAUCUAUCAUUGCCAUGUUUGUUUACUGUGUGAAAUAGGAUAUAAAGUGUAAUUAUUCUCUGUUUAAAUAUUGUCGAAGCAAUAUAAACACAACCAGAAAUAAAUCUGACUUUUUUGA